GAGUUGGCCUUUCGUCACAUGUCUAUGCUGGAAUAGGAUUUGCUGAUUGAAAAUGCUUGCCAGGCCAAGCAAGCUUUUUCCGGGCACCCCGCAGGAUCUUCCCAGCCUGGAAGAAGCCACAGCCAUAGAGAAAUGCCAUGCGGAAGUCCCGCUGAAUGGACUGCAGCAGCCUAUCUACUUCCUGCUCGUGUUCAUGCUCUGUCCUGUUCUCAUCUUCUGCGGCUUCAAGUAUGGCAUCCUGGGCAGCAGCGACCUAAACGUGGACAUUGGCUCGGGUGUGGCCACAGUUAUUGUGGUGCAUAUCCUGAUCGCAGUGUACAUCUUCCGCCUGAUCUUCCAGCAGGAGUUCUCGCGCAUGGAGAAGAUCGAAACGCUGUCCGAGUGGGAGAUCAUUCUGCCACAGCAGGCCCAAACGCAGCACCCCGUUCUCGUUGUUCUGCUGCUGAUGUUCUACUGCUCCUUGAUCAUCGGCUUCCCUGUGGCCACCUUCUUUGCCCUGAAGUUUGUGGUGCUAAAGAAUCUCUUUCUUAUCGCCAACAUGGAAACCGAUAUAAUAUCUGCAAUUGGGGCCGUCAUCGCGGUCCACAUAACCGUCGGGCUGUUCAUCUAUAGGGUGUAACUUCGGUUAAUUUCUUGGCUCCUCUAAAGAUCUGCCCGAUGUGUCAGAGCUCUCCAAUUAAAGUGCAUUCUAUGAUU